UUUUCAAAAAUUCCCAAAUGUAUGUCAUAUUGAGGUUUCAGAUACGAUACCUUGCACUUUCAGAAUCAGAGUAAAAUUAUGCUUGUUUCUACUUGAGAAGUUUGAAUAUAAAACCAUAAUGCUGGGUCAAUUACUUCAUUUAUUGAAAACAGCUUUAAGAAGGUUGCAUACUAAGAGGCAAACUGCAAACAGCUGGAUUUAUUACAAUGGCUACGUGGAAACGCGCAAAAUGGAUAUAGAAAAUUGUGAAUCUUGUGACGAAAGGAGGUCUAAAGAAAUAGAUCAUUCAGAACUUAAACAUGUUAAAGAGGAAUGGACAAUUCAAAAGUGGUGCAACAUCGAAUGCUUAAAAUUACUAUUUUCGUUUGCUAUAUUACUGAUCAAUAUCAUAGUUGUUACACUUAUGAUAUUUAAUUUUAAACUUUUGGAAAGCAAAAUGAAUAGCAAAAGUGAAAUGCAAAAAUAUCAAUAUAAUACAAAAACGGACUUCUGUAUUCACUUUCCUAAAGGCACUAACAAUCGGAGAGAACUUAACAGCCGGAUGUUUCAUUGUUUAAAGAAUUCACAAUACUUGCGGCAUUUGUUUGAUAUGAUGGCUCUAAGUUCAAAACGACGAUUAGUUCCUUAUUCAAACAAUACCAAUGUACAACAGAGAACCGUUUUCCAUGAAUAUAUACAAGGACAGAGUUCCAGUAAAAACGAAAAUGCAGAGUGUCCGAAGUUAUCAGGAGAAGUAAAGCUUCGAAGUUUAUUAACAAACAGGAAAUCUAAUACCAAUGAAUUAACAGUUCAAACUUCUGGCCUUUAUAUGAUCUACGUACAUGUAGAAUUCCAAAGUCUAGACCGUUGUCAGAGGUCGCGGAAUGAAGUUAACAUUCAAGAAAAAGGACAUUUAAUCGUUUCUGAUUCAAUAGGGCACAAAGAGGGACCUCUUGUUUGUCAGCCAAAAGUAUAUUCAGUCUUUGUAAAGCUGAAGGAAUCACGCUCUCUAUCGGUCAACAUCCCAGACACGAGCUUUCUUGAGUCUCAUUGGAAAAGUAACAUGAUCGGUGGCGUUCUUGUGUCGUGAUUAUUUAGUUACUAUAAGGACACCUCGUUGUACAUAGUAAUGUUGGUAAUAAAAAUGAAUUAUGAUGUACACUUCAAAGGCAGCAAGGUAAUUUAGGAAUUGGACAAAUAGUUUUGUUUCGUGUGACUGUGACGUUUGUUUGUGGUGCCAUCUUUUAAUAGAAGGAUUCUUGUAUGUUUUGUAUCUGGGAAUGUUUUUCCUUUUUCAUCAAUAAUUGUAAUAUGUCACCUCACAAAACAAAUCUGCGAGAAAGAAAGAUGUUCAGAGUUAACAAACGCAAUAUAAUUUUGAAUGGUAAUACAUUCAUUAGAGGUAUUCCCGUAACAGUGUGGACAACCGUAGUACUUUUGUUGUUAAAAAUACUGAAUCAUUUACCUUUAACUUGUUUGUCAUCGGCUAUCGAUAACAAUGAUUUUACGCUCACUCAGUCUGUCAGAGGCCUUCCAGUGGGGAUUUAAAUAAUCACUUGUUACACAUUUCGAUACAUAAAAUGAAACUCUUUUCACAAAACUUUAAAGGAAUUUGUUUGAAAUAUUCUUUAUAUCAGCACACACAACAGUUUCAUUUUAGAGAAAAAUAAAUGUUCAGAGCUAAUAUCAUUAAAUAAUCGAAAAAUACAUUUACACAUAUGGAUUUUCAUUGUAAAAAAUUUAAGUCGAUGGAGUUAAUUCACAAAAUAUCGCAAGAGAAAAAAUACUCCCACGUUGUGAUCAUUUAAGAGUAACAGUUAUUCAAUGCAUAUGAUUUGUUUGUAAAAAGAGUUACGGACGAUGAAAAAAAAAUCAUCUUUUAACUGGAUAAAUUUCACAUGGAUCAUCGUUUGAAUCAUUCAGUCAUACAGAGAACUCGUAGGAUUAGUUUGCCUUGGAUAUUCCAGUACUACACAACUCAAUUGCCUCUAUUUAUGUAUAUAUCUAUAUGUAUAUUUAAUUAAUUAAAAGACCUUUCUGUUUGUAUAAUACUUUUAUGUAAAGGGGAAACUGUUACUGUGUGUGAUCCUUUUUGUUUCUUUGACUAUAUCGUUAGUCAUAAACUAAAUUGCAGUACUCGUCGAUAUAUCAUUCUUGUAUCACACGAAUUUGGGUCUUUUACUUACAAAACUUAUUUUCUUGUAACGUUUUUUAUUGUUGAAUAACGAAUGUUGCCCGUUUUUUAAUUUUUUUGUCGUUUGUUUGUGUCUCAACCGGAUCCUCUUUUCUUCAUAUUUAAAAACAUACGAGAUGACAUCAAUACCAAUUCAUGACACAAAAUAACAAAAUUAAACUAACAGCAGAAGAAAGAAAAGGAAAAGCGCUUUCAUGGUUGGAUUGUACUAAAUCUCGAAGUCACAAUGUGGCCUUUGAUAAAAAUGUUGUAAAUAAAAAACAUUAUAUUUUGUCAGUGUUUUGUAAUUGCACAACUAUUGAAAGUUGAUCAUGCAUUCGUUCUAAAAUAAUUUUUUUAUGUUUAAAGAACGUGCAAAUAUCAUACAAAGUGUUUAUAAAAACAUAACAAAAACGCAAGUAAAGAAAGUUUAAGUAUUCAAUAUUAAUCAAAACACAAAGGUCAUUCCUGUACUAGUUUUUUGAAUUAUUUGAUUUAGGCUUUGAGAUCCUUUGGUGACCCCACAGUUUAAAUGUCUAUAAUAAAUACGACGUGAUAAGUGGGCGUUACAAACGAACGUUCACCUAAUUUUACCCAGUCAAUGGUAGACUUGAGCGCGCCAAAAAAUGGUCUCGUCCACACUGUUAUGAAAACGAUACUAUAUGCGUUUCGGACAUGAAUUUAAUUCAACUUACUGGUCAUGUGAAGAUAUGAUUGAAGCUUUAAAUUUUCUCCUGGACAACAUGUAUGUACGUUUCGGCGAUAAAGUGUUACUAAUUGCGCCCCUUUAAUAGCAGAUUUAUUCCUGUAUUGCUAUGAAUCACAGUUUAUGACCAAACUCAGUAAAGAUACGUCAUUGUUACAUUUGGUUGACAUAUUCAACAAUACCUGCCGUUAUCUUGAUGAUAUUUUUUCGUUAAAUAAUCCAGAGUUCUCUAAAUAUACUACCGAAAUUUACCCAAAGGAACUUACUUUGAAUAAAUCUAACAUAAACAGCAGUAAUUGUGCCUUUCUAGAUUUAGACAUUUCAAUUUCUAAAGGGAAACUCCAUACUAAAAUUUACGACAAAAGAGACGAUUUUUCAUUCCCUAUUGUUAAUUUUUCUUUUUUAGACGGCGAUAUUCCUUUGGCUCCAUCAUACGGUGUUUAUAUAUCCCAACUCGUUCGUUAUGCCUGUGUGUGUAGUGAUGUCAUAGUUUUUAACGAACGUAAUCAAUGCAUCACUGGUAAAUUAUUAUGUCAAGGAUUUCGUUACCGUAAAUUACUUAAAACAUUUACUAAAUUCUUUCAUAGAUACAAAGAUUUGAUUAGUAAAUUUGGCUAUACCUGUGGAAAUCUUAUUAAAAACGGUAUUUCACAUCCUAAAUUUUACGGUAAUAUUGUACUUAAAGCGCGGAAAUCACUAUAUGAUCCGUGUAAACUCAUCGAACCUUUAAACAAACUCAUUAGUUAAGGUUAUCUUAUUAAUGUUGUAAUAAGAUCUUUGUAUAUUGUUUAUAUUGGCACAAAUACCGAUAUAACAUGAUACAUAUUUAUUAUAUGGUUAAAUCCUAACUAUCCUACUGCCUGUCGAUACUUUUAUUUUGGCAUUGCACAAGUCAUGUCUUCUUUGACUGUCCAUGGCAUUAAAAUACUAAAUCCCUGGGAUGUGUUUUAAUUGAUUUUAGUCUAUGAUGCAUGAUUUUUUAUUGUUUAUUGUUUUUGGCUUUUAAUUAGCUUUCAGUAACUGCAAGCAAUCUCAAAUCGUACUUUCGUGUUAAUUUGACCCGUUGACACAAUUUGUAAUGCAUUUUUGUUAAUCAAUGUUUACUUAUUUUGUGUUAUAUCUCAUCUCACUAUUUUAGAUAUGUACCACCUUUGAUAAGUAUUUAGUAUGACGAUAAAUUCUCACUUCUGUACUCGUACUGUGAACAACAAAUGUAUUUAUUUUGUAAGAAAUAUUUCCGUUCUCCUAACAACAAAAUUAUUAUAUUUAAAUUUACCUGUGUACGUUAUUUUAUUUAACGUCAUUUUGUUCCAGGUUAUAGUUGUCUUUUUGAUGAAUCAAGCUCUCUAUCGAUCAACAUCCCAGACACGAGCUUUCUUGAGUCUCAUUGGAAAAGUAACAUGAUCGGUGGCGUUCUUGUGUUGUGAUUAUUUAGUUUUUAUAAGGACACCUCAUUGUACAUAGUAAUGUUGGUAAUAAAAAUGAAUUAUGAUGUACACUUCAAAGGCAGCAAGGUAAUUUAGGAAUUGGACAAAUAAAUAGUUUUGUUUCGUUUGA